UGAACAACCUAAGAUAAACGAUUUUGAAGUGUUGUCUAUAUUAUAUAAUCAAACAGAAUUUAAAAAAAAUGAUAAAGAAUUUACAGAUAUUGACAUGGAUAAUUUUGAGAAUAAUCUUAAAAUAUUAAUUAAUGAAGAUAAAAAAAUUUCUGAUAAUGAAAAAAUAAAACUGAUUAAGGAAAUUUUAGAAAAUUCAAAGAAUGCUAAGCAAAAAUCUGACAAAUAUUGGAAGAUAAGUGUAAAGAAUAUAAUUAUAAACCCAUUCUAG